GACUUCAGUUCGUUUACUACCUUCGCCCUAGAAUGGCUCGUCUGACCGGGAUAGGAAUAAUUUCAAUCGUGUGCCUGUUCCUGGCAUCUUGGCAAGUCCAAGUCCUGGGCCAGUACCAGAACCAGAAACAAAGGCAGACUUGCGGUGAUUCGUCGAUACACUUUUGUGUGGCUCGUGAUAGUUGCUCGCUUAAACUGGGCUAUCGAUCUCUAACGAACGGCAACCUAGGAUGUACUUCCACGGCGGUCUGCUGUCCCCAGGCCUUUAUACAUGAGCCAGUCGUCAUCAUAGAUCCAGUGACUGACAACAGCUGCGGACGCAUUAACGGGAAAGGAUUGAGCUUCGGAAUAGGUGACUUAAAAUACCUCGCCCAGGAGAAUGAAAUUCCAUGGAUGGUGGCUGUGCUCGAUGUGUCAACAAAAAUCUACGUGGCCGGCGGCUCCUUGAUCGCUCCCCAUAUAGUGAUCACAGCGCGAGUGAAAAUCGAUAACAUGAACGCCAACCAGCUUCUUGUUCGAGCUGGCGAAUGGGACUUUAAGACCGAGACCGAGAAGUAUCCUUAUGUGGACGUUGAGGUCCAGCAGGUCGUGCGUCAUCCUGGUUUCGUUGAGGCAACCGGAGCCAACAAUGCCGCCCUUCUGUUCCUCAAACGAUCGCUACCAGAGACCCCCCACAUUAAUACCAUUUGCAUGCCGACUCAACAGAAGAAUUUCGACUACAGCCGCUGCAUCUUCACGGGCUGGGGUAAGAAGUCCUUCGAAGACUAUUCGUAUAUGAACAUCAUGAAGAGGAUUGAGCUACCUGUGGUCCAGACCAGAACGUGUGAGCAAGCCAUAAGCAGCGUUUUAAAAAGACGAUUCCAUCUCGAUAACAGUCUGAUGUGCGCCGGCGGUAAUACCGACGAGGAUGCCUGCACAGGCGAUGGUGGCUCUCCGCUGGCCUGUCCGAUCCCGAACGAACCUAAUCGCUAUGAACUGGCGGGUAUUGUCAACUUCGGCGUAGGUUGCGGAAUGAGGGGCGUCCCGGGCGUUUAUGUUAAUGUGGCCAACAUUCGGGAAUGGAUUAUUGCGGAGACCGAUAAGGGUCCCCUUCCCGACGAUCGUCAAAAUGUAGGUCCUGUGACAAGCCCACAAGCCGCAAGCUUUAUCGUUAAAAACGAUAACCAGUAUAACAUAGUUAAUUAUGAAGAAGUGAAAGAUAACUAUCCCUCAAUCGCAACUAAUGGGUUCAUCAUUCAGGAGGCAAAUCCAAAUCUGGCUUCUGGCGAUGGAAACAAUGAUCAACGAAUAAUUUAUUAUCAAACCGAACAUCAAACAAUUGGAUCUCAACAGUCCGUUGGGCAAAAUAGCUUAGGAAACUAUUAUCCAAACCAACAGCAGGGAAUUGGAUCUCAACAGCACGUUGGCAAUAUUUGGCCAAAUGGCUUGGGAAACUAUUAUCCAAACCAACAGCAGGGAAUUGGAUCUCGACAGCCCAAUGGGAAUAAUUGGCAAAAUAACUUUGGAAACUCCAAUCCAAACGAUCAGCAAGGAAUUGGAUCUUCACAGGUCCUUGAAAUUAAACUAACCGAGCAAGGUUCCAACCAGGGCGAAUCUAACUCAGAACUAUUUUCUACUACAAUGGGCUAUGAAUACAAUUAAAAUUUUUAAAAAUAUUCAAUAAAAACUGUUUAAGAAGUAUACUUUUCAAUUAUUGUAUUCUCAAGUGGAAUAACUAUUAUACGUAAAUCAAAUAAUUCAAAAAAAGUUUUAAAUAAAUAAUCUCACUGAAAUUCGCAGUUUUCUCUUUAGUAUACUUUUCAAUUAUUGUAUUCUCAAGUGGAAUAACUCUUAUACGUAAAUCAAAUAAUUCAAAAAAAGUAUUUAAUAAAUAAUCUCACUGAAA